UAGGCUGAGUUUAUCAUGUGUAAGAAGUUUGUGAUCUUAGUGAGUGAGUGAGGAAGCAUUGAGAGUUGGUGGAAAUUAAGGUCAAGAAUCAAACUGACCAAGGAGUAUUCAGAUUGUUGAGAUUUGGCUAGCUCAUCCCGAAGGGAAAUACGUUCCUUUUCGCACUAUCCUCUUCUUGAUUGAGUUGUUAUUUUACUAUUUAGGAUAUCAUGGACGAGAAUGGUAGCUCAAGUAAUGCACCCAAGAACAAGAGAAACCUACCUGUCUCAGUUUUCUUCAAAGAUGCAAGACAUGUUUUCAAGAUGGAUUCCAUUGCUAAGGAGAUUCUUGGGAUUGCAUUCCCAUCUGCACUGGCUGUUGCUGCUGAUCCCAUUGCUUCUCUUAUAGACACAGCAUUCAUAGGCCAUUUGGGGCCCGUGGAGCUUGCUGCCGCAGGAGUGUCCAUUGCUUUGUUCAACCAAGCUUCAAGGAUAACCAUCUUCCCUUUGGUUAGCAUCACAACUUCCUUUGUGGCUGAGGAAAGUACCAUUGAAAAAAUCAAUACAGAAAAGAAGUUAACUGAUAAGACCAAGUCCAAGGAAGUAAUGCACGAUGAUCAUGCGCUUCAAGACAUAGAGAAAGGUGCAUCCAAAGAGAAAAAUGAGACUCCAACAGAAUCUUCUGCUGUAAGGGGUAACACAACUUGUGUACCUGAGAAUGUGGAAAUGGAUGAUUGCAAUACAAGUAUAUGCAAGUCUGCCUCUGAAACUAGUAGUAGUAGCAACAAGAGUGUUUCAAAAGCUGGAAGGAAGAAGCGACACAUUGCUUCAGCAUCAACAGCAUUACUUUUUGGCACAAUCCUUGGUCUCCUUCAAGCUACAACCCUUAUAUUUGCCGCCAAACCUCUAUUAGCUGCAAUGGGUCUGAAACCUGAUUCUCCUAUGCUAAACCCUGCUAUUAAAUACUUGAGAUUGAGAUCAUUAGGUGCUCCUGCAGUGCUUCUCUCCUUGGCCAUGCAAGGAAUCUUUCGAGGAUUCAAGGACACUACAACUCCUUUAUAUGUUAUUCUUUCGGGGUAUGCAUUGAAUGUCAUUUUGGAUCCAGUGCUUAUCUUCUACUGCAAAUUGGGCAUCAAAGGUGCAGCCAUUUCACAUGUGCUCUCUCAGUACUUGAUGGCAUUGGCACUCAUGGUGAUAUUAACUAGAAAAGUGGAUCUUGUUCCUCCAAGUAUUAAGGACUUGCAGAUUUUCAGGUUUCUUAAAAAUGGAGGUCUGUUGUUGGCAAGAGUAAUAGCUGUGACAUUCUGCCAGACCUUGGCAGCCUCAUUGGCAGCAAGGUUUGGUCCAAUUCCUAUGGCUGCAUUCCAAACCUGCUUGCAAGUGUGGCUCACAUCUUCCCUUCUUGCUGAUGGUUUGGCUGUUGCUGUACAGGCAAUUCUAGCUUGUUCCUUUGCUGAGAAAGAUUAUGAAAAGGUGCUUGUUGCGGCAACACGAACGCUGCAGAUGAGUUUUGUUUUAGGAGUUGGACUCUCUUUUGCAGUUGGAGUUGGAUUGUAUUUUGGAGCUGGAAUCUUUUCCAAAAGUGUUCUUGUUGUGCACUUAAUCAGAAUAGGCCUCCCGUUUGUUGCUGCCACACAACCAAUCAACUCAUUAGCCUUCGUAUUUGAUGGUGUGAACUAUGGAGCAUCUGAUUUUGCAUAUUCUGCAUACUCCUUGGUCACGGUGUCACUAGCAAGUGUUGCUUCAUUGUUCCUUCUCUCUAAGAGCAAAGGUUUCGUUGGGAUCUGGAUUGCACUAACCAUCUACAUGAGUCUUCGCAUGUUUGCUGGCGUGUGGAGGAUGGGAACAGGAACUGGACCUUGGCGUUUUCUCAGAGGCCGCUCAAUGUCUUGAUGAUGACAUCUAACAAAAGAAAUUUCGUUGUUGAGCAGAAAAAAUGUUUUGUAUCACUUUUCACCAUUUAGGAUCAGUUGUAAUUUCGUUGUUGAGCAGAAAAAAUGUUUUGUAUCACUUUUCACCAUUUAGGAUCAGUUGUCUUUUUUCAAGACAUGAUUUAUGCACUCUACACUAUGGUGAUAGUCUUAUUAUAUAUUAUAUUGGACGGGUCCAAUUUACACGUGCAAGUGUUAUAUUCAAAGUAUCGUUUUUUUCUUUUGGCCUCCGUUUAAUGUAUCCUCUGCUCAUUGUAAUAUUUUGUUGUAUUUAGAAGAUUAUUCUUCGUAAUGUUAGUAUGUAAACUCUGAAUGUAUGUAUACAUAUGAGAAAAAUAAAUCACUUUUCUGUCAUUUUGAGUUCAA